AAGCAUGCCCCACUUGUUGGUUUUCUUGACUCCCCCGAUUAUCAACGUAUUGUCCUCACAAGUGCUGAGAAUCUUCAGAGAAUCAAGGAAAAAGAGCGAGAGAAGCAAGCCAAACUGAAAGAGAAGGAAGAAAGAGAAAAAUUCAGACGACUGGACAAGGGUUUACCAGAGGAGGACAAGAAAGAGGGAGAGGGAGAGGGAGAGGCCGUGGAAGAAAGACAGGGAGUGGCAGAGGCAGAGGCUCUACACUGA